GAAUUGCCUAGUUAAAUAAAAAUCCAUCACACUCCUACUCUGAGAUGUUUUGUGGAUACGGGCCCUGAGUACCAGUGUUUUGAUCACCUCACCAACCAAAUCUUGAUUGCCAAAUAGAGGUACGUCUCUUCGAUACUGCCUGAAAGCAACUGGCAAAAUCGGACCACUGCUGUGUCUUGACUGUGAAGAGCAACAUUGACUGGUCCCUGAUGCAAGCGGUUGUACGUGCAGUAGUCUUGUCCUUGAUAACUGAGUCCAUGAUCUUGACAAAGUAUAACUUGCAAACUGGCAAAAUCGGACCACUGCUGUGUCUUGACUGUGAAGAGCACCAUUGACUGGUCCCUGAUGCAUGCCAAAAUAUACGAUUCGUAACCCGGAUUGUAUUCUGUUGAAACAUUGAGGAAAAUUGCUACGAAAAUAUUUUAAAUUCGGUACCGUCAAGCGUGUUGUCCUCAACCUGAUUGACGCGUAAGAAAAUGGUUGAUUGGUUUCGAAUAGAAGCCAAUCGUUUGUUUCCAUUUUAGUGACGGCACUCGCGUUACACCAAUGAGAAACCACCAUUUUAAGAAGGCGGGUCUAUUGAUCCGCACGUGAACCAAUUAAAUAAUCGCAAACAUUACUGCUUUAGUUUAGCUAGCGACAUUUUUUGAAUGUUUAAAUGUAUUGGUAGCAGAUUAUAAAUAAAAAUGAGCGACGAAGCUGUAUUUGAAACAAUUGAAGAGGUCAAUAAGCAUAUCUCACACGUGGAAGAGUCAACCUGUGUGAAAUAUAUUUCUUACCGUGUGGACAAGCGAUUCAAUGACCAAGGUUGGAAACCACAGGACCACAAGAACCGGUUAUACUGGGAAUGGAAGUACGGCAAGGGUACUCCCUCUAUCCCCUUUGACAGAGUACCCUUCAUGUUCAUCGGACACAAGCUAAUGGGAUGCCACAGGGGCCGGGCAAAGUGUCGAUUCAAGAAGAGGCAGGAACUUGAGGAUCAAAGGGAAAAAGAUGGCAAGGAAAAAAGAAACCUGUUGCUGAAAACCAAGAAAGUAGCAUGCCCUGCUGUGUUCACAAUCAGCCGCAUUGUGAAGUUCCCUGGAUUCAAAAUCAGAUGGACGACAGGGUCAAAGGUUACAUCCGAGCGUUGGUGCAGCAGGGGGUGAGGAAGGUGAAGGAGGUAAAGAACCAGAUGGUCCAGUACGUGCGGACGGAGCUGUUCCAAGACACGACCCCGCCGCCGCUGAGGCGCUUCUUCCCUACAGAGAAAACCAUCCAUGCCGUCAUGGCUCAGGUCAUCGCGGAGGAACACUACAGCAAAAUAGACCUGGUCAACCUGCUGGAUUACUGUAAUUGAAGGAACUAUGGGAAAGUUCUCCUUUCCAAGGCUCAUCAUAAGAAUGCCAUGGGCAAAACGGACUGCACAGGAUGAUUUCUGUACAGGAACUACUGAACUCCACAGGCCCAGAACACACCAGCCUCACAACUCCUCACAACUCCCCAGCCUUAAUGUGUGUAGGCAGGACAAGGAGAACACCGAUUCAAUCCAGAAGAAGAGGAAAAAGAAGAGGCUAAAUGAGAAGGGAACCCAGGUUGAACUAGGCAUGCGGGAGGAUAUCCAUGACCUUGACCUCGCCCAUUGGAGAUUGGCUAGAGAGACAUGGAGAACUGAGCGAGGAAACAUGAGGGAGAUUAAGGCGCUGUAUGGAGAAAUAUUUAGGCUGCACCAACUCUUGGCGGAGAUUGGGGUGGAUAAAGGGGUGAUCAAGCAGCGCUCCACCUCCUCCAUUAUUUGUCCCGUCUCCCCGACACUGCCAGCUUUCCCCUGGUACAACCACCACAGGUACCUCGCCAACAGCCAAUCGGAGCCUGACCAGCAUGCUGCCGGCACCCAGAAGGACCCACCUAAGAAACACUCAAUCUUUCCCCCUCUGGACACACAGAGCUGCAACUCCCCUGAUAAAUGGCCUCAUUCUCCGUCCAAGACGUCACACCCACACGCUUCACACCGAUUUGCUGUCCCAUCCCACCUCCUGGCUUCCGGCCCUCCUGCCCGGAUGAGAUUGACCCAUCCGCAGGUCCACCCCAGGUCCCCAUUGACUGGCCAGGCAAAGGUCAAGGAUGAGGUUAAGAGGCCAGAGACUGCAUCGUCUGAGGAAUUGUCUGAGGAAGUUCAACGGAGAGGAGCAGAAAUUGCAAGCAUGUAUAAAGCACAGCUGAAAGAGAGGAUGGCCCAAAAGAGAAAGGAAGAGAUUCUGAAGAAAAUGGCAAACAGUGAUGACAAGAACGAUGACACUGAGGCCUCCUGCUUCUCUGCAGUAAAACGAUCUAAUACCCCUGCCACAGCCCCCGAGCGUCCGGCCAGCCCAGAGGCCACGCCAGUGGCCGCCCGAGAGGACACUCAGGGGGGCACCCAGCAGGACCUGGCAGAGGUUGUGAAUGUGCUCAAGAGGCAAUCAUCUGAUCUAUACCUGCCUAACGACGUUUGUGAGGAGUCACUCACAUGGAAAUCCAUUUACGAGGAGCUGUGCCCGCUCGCUCACAGAGUGAACACAGAAGCUGACUACAUCAAGGCGCUCCGCGUCAUCACUGAGAAUGCUGUGACUCCCUCGUGCUCGUCUGAGCAUGAUGUGUCUCAGAGUGUGAGUGAGGACACAAGUCAGGAGGGGAGUAGUGAAAGUGAGGAGAGCAUGAGUGGACAACAGCAGAGAUGUCUACACAGGGAUCCUUAUGGUAAGAGGGACAGGAAGGAGAUUGAUAGUGGUAAAAUGGAAGGGAGAUUUGCAACCGCCAAUGCAAUGUCUAUGAUGGCGAGCCGAGGGAUAGAAGAACUUAAUGCCAUGAGCUACGCAGACAGGAUCAAAUAUUUCAAGUAUGAGGCUAAGAGAAAUGAAGAGAUGAUGAAGAUUGAAAGGAGGAAGGAAAAAGCCAGGGACGAAGAGCUCAAAAAGUGGGAAAAGAGGCAGAAGAAAUUGAAUGAGGAGGAAAGGAAAAGGACAGAAAAUAUGGAAAAAAACAAGUUAGAGGAGCAGAGGAAAAGGGAGAAGGCAGAGAUGAAACUAAAGAUCGAACAUGAGAAAAAGAGACAAGAGCAAGAGAAAAAGCGCGAGAAAAAAGAAAGAAAGCAGCAGGAGAUGCAACAGAAGGCCCGUGCAAAAGAAGAGAAAAAGAGGGCAGAGGAAGAGAAAAAGAUGGAGAAACAGAGGAUGGAGGAGGAGAGGAACAGGGAAAAGGAGAGAAUGAAGGUGUUGGAGAUGCAGCAAAAGGCACGAGAGAAAGAAGGGAAGAGGAGGAAAGAGGAACAGAAAAGGAGAUUGAAGAUACAGCAGGAACAAGAGAAGGAGGAACAGAAAAGGCAGACAAGGAUACGGGACGAGGAUAAGAAGAGAGCAGAUCUUCAAAGAAUAAAAGAUCACGAGGCCAGGUUCAAGAUGGAGAUGGAGAAACUGUAUGAGAGAGAAGAGAGGAAUGCACAGAUUGAAAGAGAAAAGAGACGUGCGCUGUGUCAGAAAAAAGGACAGACACAGAGAGCAAAACAGGUGGUGGCAUACGAGGUCACAACGUCUACAUCUGACGCCUCUGUGCGGAGGGAAGAGAGGGAGCAGCGUCCAGAGACCGCUCACGCACAGUCUGCAAAGAGGAGAACAAGGAAGAAGCAGAAGAAAGCGGCGGACGAGGCAUCGACAACUUUUCAGUAGAUGACAAAAGAAAGGGAGCAGAC